AUGUCGAGACGCAGCGGCGGGGUCGAAUCGUCCAAUGUCGUCGAUGGCCUGCGCAAGCGUCUUCGUGGUAAUGCUUCCGCUGACGACGCGACCGCUGUUACUGCCUCUACUAGCGCCUCUGCGUCCGCGUCCGCUUCCGCUUCCGCUUCUGCAAACAUGGCCAGCAUUGCCAGCAUGGGCGCUAUCGAGCGCAGAAUCCACAGCCUUUCUAUCGAGCAGGUGGCGCAAUACGGCCAAAAGCUCAUGGAUACUGUCAUGGAAGCUACCGAUCCCGUGGACGGUGAUGCGCUCCACGAGAUCUUUCUCGAACUUCCAGACGCCCAAGACUAUCCCGACUAUUACGAAAUCAUAAAGCGUCCCAUGGCACUCGAAGAGAUUCAGUCCAAGCUCGACCAACGCAGCUACCCUACUUUGCCAGACGUCAAGCACGACUUUGAAACCAUCUGCAACAACGCCAAGCGCUACAACCAGCGAGACACACCUGUCUGGCUCAAGGCAAGGGAGCUGCACAGUCUCAUCAAGAUCACAUAUGUUCAGAUUGUCGAAAGUCUUCCCGAACCCAGUGCUGCUCCACCAUCCACUCCUGCUGCACCCGCCGUUGCUUCCACUUCUGUUGCCGUUGAAGAGCCUACAUCUUCGCGCCCAAAGCGCAUCCUAUUGCGCGCUGCAAAGUCGCAAGCAAAGCUCAACGACCAAUUUCAACAGGAAUCGGAAGCGCAGGAUCAGUCCCUACCAUCAAUGCCAAACUCCUCUCAACAGCACGCCGUUGAGCAGCAGUCACCAGACUCGACAGCUUCCCUCCCUCCGCAGCCCGCUGCAUCAUCUGCGCCCGCUCGUCAACAGAGCCAGCAACCCUACACGGCUACUGGCACUCCCAGUUCCGCCGCUGAUGAUGCAGAUGACGAUGACGCCAAUGCCGAUGGUGACGACGAUGAUAACUGGGACGCCAACGAUGGCGACUCGUCCAAGCUCACCAAAGGCGGUCUCUUUGACGGACGCAAACGCCCUGGCAAACGAGGCAAGCGUCUCAAAGCUACCCUUCGUCAGCUCGUCCAGGACCUUCGUCGCGUCAUCGGUUCGCGUGGCUAUCCCCUCGUCAAAAACUUUCAAGCACUCCCCAGUCGAGCUCAAAAUCCACAGUACUACCAGGUCAUCCUUAAGCCCAUCAGCUUUCGCGACAUCGAAAAUCGCGUCUAUGGAAAAGUCUACAUCAACGCACACGCUCUGUUUGUCGACCUCGAGCUUAUGCUCAGCAACGCCAUGACCUUUUAUCCCCCCGAACAUCCCAUCUGGCAAGACGCUGCUGAGAUUCGUCAGUACUUUGAACGCGAGGCUAUCCCUGCUCUUAUUCAGGACGGUUUCACACUGGAAAAGGAUGACGUCAGGCAGUCGGCCCUGCCUCUUCAUCUUGCUGCUAACAGUACCAUCGAGGCACACAAGAUUGCCUACAAGAUGAUUGUCUCCAAGACUGUUGGCGCUUCACACAGUCCUGAGCCAUCAUCUCGCGCUAGGUUGGGUUCAGCAGGUAUCGCUGGAUCACCUGCCAUGUCUGCAACUCCAGCAUUUCCGGCAGGCUCGCCCGGUGCUUUCGGCUCGCCAUCUCCCGUCGUGCCUAUCCCAAAUGCGAACGCUCCAGUCAUGAUGAUGGGAGGAGGGUAUCCAGGCUCGAUGCCCAUGUCAAUGCCUGUGUCGAUGCCCAUGUCAAUGUCCAUGGCGCCGCCGUCCAUGUCUACAUUUGCCGUGACACCAAGCAUGCCUGCUAUGAGCAUGGCCGCCUCACCCGCACGACCCAUGCAGCUCCCAGGGACGCCAGGAGCAUCACCAUCCCCGCGACCGAACGCUACACCAGAGGGAAGGAGACCCGUCGGCCGCCCCCCCGGCAAGGGCACUCCGACCAGAUCCAACCCGUAUCCAUUUCUGGAGCGUCGUAUUGGCCCUGGACGUCCCAAGAAGCACGAAGCGGCAGCACGUCAAGCCGCCAUCGCAGCUCAUGAAGAAAUGCUUCGCAAACAGGCUCUGCAAGAACAGCAAGAGCAAAUGACGCAACAGCAACAAGCCGCUGCGCUGGCGGCCCAACCUAUCCCACAAUGGCAGCAGCAGCAACUCAUGCAGCAACAGCUUCAACAACAACAGAUGCUUCAGCGACAGCAAGACCAGGCGCAGCAACAGCAACAACAACGACAACAGCAGCAACAGCGUCGACAACAACAACAACAGCAGCAGCAGCUACAGCAAGCACAGCAACAGAAAGCACAACAGUCACAACAGCAACAGGCAUUUCUCGAACAGCAGCAAAGAUCGCUUCAGCAAGCGCACGGACCAAGCCGCUCGCCCUCGCAGCCGAUGCUGCCACCUGGCGCUCAUCUGCCGUUUGGAAGUGGAAUGAUUGUUUCAGAAGCUCCACCACCGGUUAAGCGGAAAGAAGCUGUUUUGCCAGCUGAGCCGCGCGAGCCACCGGCAUUUGAAGGACUUGAAAACCGCACGCCUCUGAUUUCCAAGUUUGCGAUCGGCAUGGAAGUCGAAGAGGCGAACGGACAGACACUGGCAGUGCCACCGCUGGAAAUCAAGAAUGAACUCGCGACGCAGCACACGCUUCAGAUUCCGCCAAACGCUUCGAGCAUUACCAUUGAUUUCCCUCUACGUAUGCUGUACAGACAGAACAAGUCGAAGGUGGAUGAGAACCAAGUGAAGAAGGAAGCUGCGAUCGACCCAGCGUCUGCCAAUGGCGAUGCGGAGACGCCUGCCAAGCCUGCACAGUCCCAGACGAAUGGUACAGCCAAUGGUGGUAAGAGAGAAACCUCGCUCACGUGGCCUUGGCAACCCGAACUGUACUUUAACGGCCGGCAAACGCAAGGAAGCUGGACCUCAGCAGAACUGUCGAUCGACCCAGCGCUACUAGAAGAUGCCAGUACAGACUACCAGGACGACGAACGAUUUGCAACCAGGAUCAGCUACUCGUACUGCAGAGUUCGACUGCUGCCGAGGAGGGGAAUCAACGUGUUUGAGAUCACGGUCAAACCGGAUUCCGCCUAUCCACCGAUCAGCAAGGUUCCGUUGGAGAGGUACUUGAUUUACUUUUGCUAG